CGAUCGAGACGAUAGAGGGCGACCAUACCACAACAACAAUGAUCUGCUGAAUUAGAGCUGAACUGUUUCGCACUGCUGCUGGAAACUACUUUAUUCAAAGAAGUUAAAAGGGGAGGACAGCCCAUUUCCAAGUAAUCAUGGAGUCAGGAUCCACAAAGUAUUGUACCAACUGCAAGGAGGAUAUUGCAGAAGGUAACUUCAUCAUGCAUGAAGUUCAUUGCAGGAGGAACAUCACCUUGUGCAAAGACUGCCAAGAACCUGUUCCAAGAUCAGAAAUGGAAGAGCACUUUGAGGAAUACCAUAAGCCAAUAACCUGCAAGUGUGGAGAAACAGUGGAAAAAUGCAAAGUGGAAGAACAUGAGAAGAAUGAGUGUGCACAGAGAAUCAAACACUGUGAAUACUGUGAACUAGAACUCCCCUUCAUUCAGAUGGCUGAGCACCUGAACUACUGUGGAAGCCGCACGGAAUGUUGCCCGAAGUGCCAACGCUACAUCCAGAACCGUGACCGGGAUCAGCACGACAUCACAGACUGCGCAUUCCCUGACCAGAAACCUUCCAUCCCACGGCAGCCACCCCCCGUGGAAUCGCUAUUUGAUAACCUUGAAGACUAUGAUGAGACUACCUAUCAUGCAGUGACAAAUCGAUUUGCGUUUCCAGAGUACGUUGACCCCAAUGAUCUAGACGACAAUAUGACAAGGCCGUCAAUGAGGAGUGUUAACGUGAGCAGCUCACAGUUCUACGGGGGAAGCAAGGACAAUCGAAGUAGUGCGCAGGAUGCAAAUCCUGGAGGACGCAACAGGAGACAGAGGAAGAAUCAGGAUAGAGUGCAGAAUAUUUAUAAGAAUACAAACCAAAGAAAACCUGUAGCAAGCAAGAAGAAAGAUUCUACAAAGCAGUCUAACACACAAGCAGCUGAUCAGAUGGAAGCUGACCGCCUUCUGGCUCUCAGCAUCUCGAACGAGGAUGACCAGGUCUUUGGUCUGGACAACAGCUUUGAUGCCCUCCUUGGCAGUGUCCAACCUAGCAACCAUGGGAACAGGGAUUUUGAUGACAGUGAGCUGGAUCAGUGGGAGAAUGAUAGAGAUGCCGGUUCGCCGUCAAGAAGACGACUGGCUAGCCGAACAUCUCAGCCAUCGUUAUGGAGUGCAUUAGAUGAAAAUGGUAUUUCAGGAGAGGUUGUUAUGGCACCCUGUGAAUUCUGUAAUAAAGCAUUUCCUCUGGAUGAUCUUAUACUACAUCAGACUGGCUGUCAGAUGGAAUCCCUAGACCAGGUACUUGAUCCUAGUGAAAUAACAUCAGUGCCUUCUAACAAUCAGCAUCAGACGGUUCCUCAAGGCUCAACUGCAGUGCAAACACCAGUACUAGAUAAUCUUAGAAAGCCCAAUCUCCAGAGGUUAAUAAGCCCUGAACCCCUUCACCAUUAUCUUAGUGGUUCAUCAGAAGAUGGGUCUGUUAUGUUACCUUGUGAAUUCUGUGGGGAUCUUUUACCUGCAGAGUUCCUACCUCACCAUCAGUUUCACUGCAGGGAGAGUCGACCCACGAGGUCAAACCAUGAAGUCGAGUCUGCCCUCCAGGAUCUAGAAGAGACUCCUCCUAGUCCCACCCUGGUCAGUAGAUCCAUAGGGAGAACCAGGAACACGUUGGGAACAUCGAGCCCUCCUAAGAGCAGGAGUUCUAGGAGGAGACAGGAGGAUGCAAUGCUGAGGAACAUGUUCCCUGCAUCAGGCUUUGAUGAAGUUGAUGAAGGAGAUAAUAGACAUUCAUCUAAGGUCAAGAGGUCAUUGGGCCAAGCGGAUGAUGUAUCAGGAAGAACGCAGUACAGUAGACCUCCAAAGAAUAAAAAUAGUAAUCGUUCAGGUAAGAAUGUUGGAGUAAAGGAGAAUGAUGUAGAUGACUACCUAGCCAAAAAUGAUGUCAGCUAUGUAGGAUCACAUCAUGCAGGGACUACCUUACCACUCAAAUCUAGCAAUAAAGAUCUAAGAAAACCUGGAACCAAACCAGUGUCAAAGAAAUUCACCAACAGCGACUAUGCCAACGACAACCUGAGCUCUGACACGACAUCGUUCCAACGCCUCCACCAGGCAACGUCCAAAUCCAACACCGCAGCUGGUAGGGGUCUGAAUAACAUUCAGAAGAAACGAAGCGAAAGGCAGGAUAGUUUUACUGAGCUGCUUUCACAAUAUGACAAUGAUCCUGUGUUCAUGAGAGAGGACCGGGAUGGAAGGAGCGGUGUAAAAAAGACAAACUCUAGAAAGACUCCCAACAAGGGAGCGUAUAACACGGAGAGGGUUGCAGGUGCAACAGGAUAUGUUCCAAGCUUUGGGACCGAUUCGAGUAGGAACAAGAAAACUACCAAUCCAAGUUCUGUCAGACUUGCUGCAAAUUUCACUGUGCCGACCGAUGCUGUAACGAGAGUUCCUGCUGGCAGCAGAGCGGGGCUUGAACCGGCAAUCUCUUCAGGUAUAUCAUCCAGGCCCAGAGGUACAACCAACAGGCCUUCAUCCAAGACAAGACCUAAAGUAAAAGUAACAAGACAUCCCAGCGGCCCAUCGUGAAAGCACUUUGAAUCCACUUCCAUUAGUCAUUAAUAUCCAAAAUGUUGGUAAGAUUUUUUUUUCUUCAAAAUCUGAAGUAAGCCAUGUGCUCUGUGCCCUAUAACCCAAAAGACACAAUUGAUUGUUCAAUUAAGCACAACUAUAUUGGUAAACCAUAUACACAAAGUUACAAUCAAUCAUAAACAUUGGCCAUAUCUCUUUAUGGUACUCUGUUAUAUCUCUUUAUGAUUCGCCUCCAGGGCCCGAUAAUACAAACGUUGGCGAUCAAUUGCUAUUAAAGUGGUAUGGCCUAUCAAGGUCAUUUUUGUAUGCAGAUUUUAGACUGACCGGGAACCGAUCAGAAUUGCUCUUUCAAAUUGUACUAGCGAUUAAUCGCAGCCUUUGUGUUGCAGGGCCCAGGUCCGAUUGUAGAAGAAUUGAGUCUCAAAACCUGGAAAGUCUAAUGAUCAGGAAUAUGAUUAUCACAAUUUAUCAUGUAUUUCAACAAUCUUAGAAAUUUCAAAGGACUUUCAUGUAAGAUGAAAAAGCUGAAAUGUAGAUAAUUUUAUAAAUUUUCCCAUUUUAAAAACACUUAUUAAUGGUGUUUGUGUAAAAUUGUGUCGUUCUUUAAAUGGAAAGACAGGAAGGUCACACCAUGUGAAGGAUGUGAUGAUCUAUUAUUGAAAUGUGAUCUUUUCAUGGGAUUACUCACAAGUACUUUUGAAAACAUAUAUUGUAAAACUUUCUUUUAGAUUCAAUCUGUUGUUGUGAAUGUUUUUAAAUGCUGCCUCGGGUGAUUCACCACUACAAUUGCUAAUUUGAUAUAUGAUAAUUUAGGGAUCAAUUUCAAUCCCUGAGUUAAUACUUCAUAAUAAAUUUUCCCUUUUUGGCUGAAAAUCAAUCUUGUUAUGAACACAUACUAGUGCAUAUGGUUAUUUAAUGGCAAACUCAAACCAAUUGUUAUGGUCAGGGCCAAUCAGUCCCCUGAACUGUAUCAUAUUUCAGUUAUCACUCAGUAGUUGAUUUGAGGUAAUCAUAUUACUUUUUUUUUUUUUUCAAACAUUUGAGAGGAAAACUGGAAUUUUUGUCAGGCAUAGAUUAGUGUUUCAAUUUUUAUUGAGGGAUAUGAUGAACAUUAAGACAGUUUUGUUUUGAUAUUUGUCUACUUAGACUUUUGUAGUAGCAGUAUAGCUCUGAAUUUAAUGGUAUAUUGCAAUUUGGUGAAUUCAAAAUACUGUGCGCCAUCUAUUGGUUGCAGAGAACAGGCUAAAAUUCGCAGUACCUCAUGGGAAAAAUUUGGCAUCUGUUGUGCACGCUAGUACUAUUGUGUAUGCAUGCAUGGGAUUAUUCAGUGCUGGCCGAUGCGCCUUGACCAGCUUUCACAAUGAUGCCCUUAACAAGGGUCCAGGAGGUGGGAGAGAAAAUUCUUUGCGAAAUUACACCAUUUCAGGGAACUCUUCGUCCGCUUUGGCAAUAUGGUUUUCAUCAUUGAAGCACCACACAUAUCAGCCACACAACUUAGGGUGACAGAGCCUUCUACAUCUCUGGACCAAAGCUGUGAAAUAGCCAUCUCCAAUUUAUCAGGAGAGCAGAGACCCAAUCAGCUUUGAGUCUAACCUGAAGACCUUUCUGUUCCCCUCUCUAACAUUAUUGCAAGAAUAGCAUUACUAGGACAGUACUUGAACUGAAUGAUGAUCCUAAGCACUGUUUGAAGACAUUGAAAUUUGUAAGAUAUUUCCUAUUUUUGAGCAAGCGCCAUAAGUGCCCAGCUGAGGCGGAUACCGGCGCUAUACAAGAACCUAUCAUCAUCAUCACCACAGUCACAUUAUAUUGACUAGCACUUCGCACUGCCUGCACCUCCGCGCGAUGUCGACUCCAAAGUUCAAAAGUUGGCCUGUUCACUGCAACCGUUAGAUGGUGCACCAUAUUGUGGAUUGCAAUUGGUCUACAACUGCUUUGUGUACUUUCUAUUUGAUCUAGUCCAAUGUCUGUCCGUGGCAGGCAAAGAGUUUAUAUUUUCUCAGAGUGGUGUAAUCAUUUCCUAUGGGUAGACCAGUAUCUAAUGACAGGGGUAGUGUGAUAGUGGGCGAUUCCAUACGUGUCGUACGGGACAUUUUAAAAACAAUUUCUAGUCUCUUAGUUGAUCACUUGAGCAACAGAAAAUUAUUUAUUAUAUAGGUAGUCAUCUGAAAAAACUGAUUACCAACACAAAAUGUUGGAUUAUGGGUGAAUUAAAGGUGAAAAUGUGUGUCGUACAGGACUCAGAAAUGUCCCGUACGACACGCAACAUUUUCACCUUUAAUUCACCCAUGGACAACAUAUUUUUGUCGGUUGUCAUUUUUUCAUAUGACUUUCCAGUAGUACUUUAUUAUUACCACAAAACAAACUGAAGUUCUUCGUUUGUUUGGACAGUAGGUUGGAAAAUGUUGCGAAAAUGGCUGAUUUUUCUAGCAUGGAAUCACCCUAGUGUGUUGUAUGCAUAAAGCACUUGAGAUGCUGUUCUGAUGUAAUCAUGUUGCAUAAGCAGAUUGUCAGUAGUUGUUACUGUAUUUGAAAUAAAUAUUUAGCACAUCCUGUAAGUUCUAUUGAAAUGAUAAUACUUUUCUGUUAAACAACUUUAAUGGCCAUGGCUCUUUGGGCUAACUUGUACCAAUUUGGAUUCAUGAAGACAAUGCCUAAAGCUUCAAGUGUAAUUGAAAGAAACACAUUGUUGCUUUAUUUCAUAUUAGAUAUACCAGAAAUCAGAAUUUAUUUCACAUGCUUGUGUAUAUUUCUAUGAUCCUUUCAUUCUGUACUUAAAGUAAACCAUUAAAAACUUAACUGGCAUACUGUAUAAAAUUUGUCUUUCAUGAAUUAUGUAAAUCAGGGCUGUUAGGCAACUUGUUCAAAGUCUGUGCUGUAUUAUGCUUUUCACACUGCAUUUCCUAAACCCCAUACUAUCCGUAACCCUGGAUUAUCUUUAAUAUAACCCUUUUUUUUGUUUCACGCUAUCUUUCUUAACCCCAUACUAUUUGCUUAGCUGGGGUUAUCGCCUUAAACCCGGACUAUCGCACAGCUUAUAAGUAUUGAUGAUUUUACCAUACAGAGCGUGAUUAACCCUAUCUAGG